AUGGAGAAGAUCUGCGUAGCCGUUCGAGUCCGUCCUCUGGUUUCCGGAGACUCCGUCAAUGGAAGCUUCUGGAAAGUCGAAGAUAACCGUAUCUCUCUUCACAGGAUUCACGGAACUCCAUUCUCCGGCUCUUGCUAUGCUUUCGAUCAUAUAUUCGAUGAAUCUAGCACGAAUUCAAGUGUCUAUGAGCUUCUCACUAAGGAUAUCAUUCUCGCUGCACUCAAUGGCUUCAACGGGACUGCAUUUGCUUAUGGACAGACAAGUAGUGGGAAGACUUUCACCAUGAAUGGUUGUGAAACUGAUCCGGGAGUGAUUCCUCGGGCAGUUAAAGACAUAUUUGCAAUGAUAGAGACAGUAAUGUCUAAAAGGGAGUUUUUGAUUCGUGUUUCCUACAUGGAGAUUUAUAAUGAAGAGAUUAAUGACCUUCUUGUUGUUGAAAAUCAGAAAUUGCAAAUUCAUGAGAGUCUGGAGCGGGGAGUAUUUGUUGCUGGACUCAGAGAGGAAAUUGUGAAUAAUGCUGAACAAGUGCUAAAUCUCAUUAAAGCAGGGGAAGAGAAUAGACACUUUGGUGAGACAAAUAUGAAUGUUAGAAGUAGCCGAUCGCAUACCAUAUUUAGAAUGGUGAUUGAAAGUAAAGGGAAGGAUUCCAAUUCUUCUGAUGAUUCUUCAAAUGACAUUGUUCGAGUUUCAGUCUUGAAUUUAGUAGAUCUUGCUGGAUCUGAAAGGAUCGCAAAGACCGGAGCUGAUGGAGUACGUUUGAAAGAGGGAAAAUAUAUUAACAAGAGCUUGAUGAUUUUAGGAAAUGUGAUUAAUAAAUUAAGUGAAGGCUCAAAACAAAAGGGGCAUAUCCCAUAUCGUGAUAGUAAGUUAACACGAAUACUCCAACCUGCUCUUGGUGGAAAUGCCAAAACUUCCAUUAUUUGUACCGUAGCACCAGAAGAGGUUCACAUUGAAGAAACAAAAGGAACUCUUCAGUUUGCUAGUAGAGCCAGCCGCAUCACCAAUUGUGUUCAAGUGAAUGAGAUUCUGACAGAUGCAGCAUUGUUAAAGAGGCAACAGUUAGAGAUUGAAGAGCUUCAGAAGAAACUUGAGGGAUCCCAUGCCGGGGUGCUCGAGCAAGAGAUUCUUAAACUCAGGAACGAUUUGCUCAAGUAUGAAAUGGAGCGUGGGAAGCUUGAAAUGGAACUGGAAGAGGAGAGAAAAUCACGUAAUCAAUGGAUGGAAGAGCAACGGAUGAAAAUUGAAAAUUCCAAUACUACAUCGUUCUCAAUCUCAAACUGUGGGACGAAUGACAACCAGGUGCCUAGAUAUUUGAGGAGACAAGGAUUUAUGGAAGAGUACAGUGACAUUAACAGUGCGUCUCAAGGAGAUAUAUUUAAAUCCCCCUGUUUAAAGGCAGCCAGUGCUUUUGUUGUUAAGCGAUCAAAGAAUUCAAUAUUGCUAGAUAGUAGUCCGCCAGAUAGUAGUCCUCUCCCAGAUGCUUUCAGCAAUGUGGCCGAUGAAGAUAUGUGGUUGAAAAUGAACAAUGGUUAUGUUGCGGACCUUGAUUCUCUUCAAUUGACUCCCCCUCGAAAUUAUCAAUCAUUCCCACCAAGUAAUACAACUCCUGGUUGUAUAAAUCAAAUUGAAAAGUACGAACAGGAGGGUCAAGCUUUGAGAAGACAACUAGAGCUUGCUCAUGAAAAGAUAAAUGAACUCGAGAGAAAGCUUUCAGACGAAGUACCAUCAAGCAAGCAAUUAAUAGGGGAGAGCCUAGAAAAUCAACAAGAAACACAACUUAUUCAAGAAUUGCCUAUGAGGUUAUUGGAAUCUGUGGAAAACUACAGAGCUAACUUUGAGGAGGUUUUAUCAGUAAUGCAGAGAUUUGCAUUGGAUGGAAAAUUCUCAACUGAAAAGAUGCUUUCGACCAUGAGUGAAAUUGGCGCACAGCUAUUUUCAACUUUAGAAGGUCACUUUACAAUGUAUAGAAAUGGUGAAAGGUCUUCCACCGGAAACAACGCUAUAAUCCAAGAACAACGAAAAGAGUUUCGUGAGAGGAUGAAUAACAUAAUUACAUCACUGGAGUUAUCAGAAAGCUCAACAACAGAAAAGGAAGAGAGAACUCCUUUGUGCAACUGCGAACACAAGGGCUCCGGUUUGAGAGGAGAAACAGAAACUGCUUACUCAAAGGAUGCUUUAAAUGAAAGCCUGGAAAGGGAGUUACUACUUUUGAAGAACGAAAGAGAUUCCUUGCUACAGAAGUUAUCUGAAUCGUCUGAUAAAUUUGCAAUGGUUUCAAACCAAAAGGAAAAUGCUUUGAAAGAUUUAAAUAUUGAAGUACAGAGAAGGAAAAAUCUAGAAGGGGAGUCUCUUGGGUGUCACGACUAG